GGUAUUCAACACUUGAAGCGACAAAGGUGCAUUUGCUGAGCUUGGCGUAUAAUUUUUGCUCUCUGAGGAUAGAGAGGACUUGGCAGAGAUGCUGAAGGUGAGACUCGAAGGUAGGGCUAUAGACAAGGAUAUCAUCGAGUUAAACGACAACACAGACUUUGAGGAGGUCGCGAAAGAUGUGGUUCACGGUGGAUUGGAAUGUGGCAGGGGUAUUCGUGAGUCCGAAGGGCAUCACAAGGAACUCGUAGUGUCCAAAGCGAGAACGGAAUGCGGUCUUGUGGGUGUCCUUGCGGAUGCGGAUAUGGUGGAAGCCACUGCGGAGGUCAAUUUUGUGGAGGUAGUGGUGGAUGAAGGCGGAGGUGUGGACGACGUUCUAGAGCCUAGCGGAGAGGGCGGUGGACGUGGGGGACGGGGUGAUCGGUGUAGAUAUGGAGGCGGAGGAUGGGGGAAGGGUGGUGAAGGAAGGGGAUGUGGUGGUGACGACCUAGAUGGCGGGGGUGUGACUUUCUAUGGUGGUCACCCAAGCAGAGAUGGUGGAAAUGGAUGUUUUGAUGUCGUUCAUGGAUGACUGGAGAGAUGUCAUCACGUGGGAAAGAGUCGCGAGGUCGAUGGCGGCAUCGGGUGCUGGUGUUUGCUCGCCUGCGAGUUUGCCGGCAAUGUUAUCGAUGGAGUCGGUGCGGACGCCGGACAUAUGAAUGCUGGAUGAUUGGGUCAUGGUGGGGGAGGAAUCGGUGGUAGUGGCGGUUGAGGAGUUAGCAGCGGAUGAGGUAGAGGCAGCAGCAGCAGCGGCGGCUUCAGCGGCUGCGCGUUGAGAGUUCCUUGUUGAGCGUGGCAUGCCCAGGGAAGGACGGGGGGGGGGGGGGGGGGGUCCUAUUUACAACACCAUCAAAAGAAGAUAAUUUACAAAAAAAUAAUAGUAAAUUUUGCAAAAUUAA